CCGGUAUCGGUGCAGUCGCACUGAGAGGAAGAAAAAGAAAACCAAAACAAGUCGGAAUAGUCAAGGGUUUUUUUUUCCUCAAACCGUGAAGUCAGAGACUGUCUUUCACUUUUUUAAUUUAUUUUUUCCUACGCGGAUUUAAAAUGUAGCGAAAGCUGCGAGGGAGCGAAAUAGUCCAUUGGGUAAAACAGACGCGCGAAUGUAGCUCCAUCCAGAAGAGACAUUUGAAGGCGUCUUGAUUCUAUAAAUGAUGCAGCCUUAAGUUUAACAGCCAAGCAACGUGGAAGUUAAUUUCUGUUCAUCCAGUUCCUGUUAAGAUGGGAAGCCCUUAAACGACCAGACGAGAUGGGAAAAUGGGAGAUAACUAUGAAUCCGGUGCAGGAGUGGGGUGAGGAGGUCGAGGAUGGGGCAGUUUACAGGGUCACCCUCCGACGCGAGCCCGUUCCCACCUCGCCCAACCCCUGCGAGAACAGUCCAAGCUCGGCCUUUGUCCAGUACCGAACCUGCAAGGUGCGCCGCCUGAAGGCCGCCACCUUGGACCGGCUGGUGACCCACCUCCUCGACGGUGGCCUCCAGGAGCAGGACUACGCCAAGAUCUUCCUCUCCACAUACAGAACCUUCACCAGUCCCUCACAUCUCAUUGAGCUGCUCUUCCAGAGAGACAGCGCUUCCCCCGAUCUGGACAACAAUGAAUGCUACGGGAGAUCUCUGUUGGCCUUUGUCCAGACAUGGUUGGAUGAGUACAGCGAGGACUUCAGGGACCCUCCCGUGCAUCCUGCACUUAGGCUGUUAAUGGAUCACCUGAGGAUCAGCUCUGCAGUGCAUGACAGCGUGCACAGCCAACCCAGCUUUUGCAUGCUGGCUGCGCAAGCUGAGGCCUUGCUCAAGACUUUCCAGAAAGAAGAGGGGGCUUCGAAUUGCAGUCCUUCUCUGGCAGAUAUUGGGCAAGAGGAGGAAGGAUCUGGUGAUGAAGAUUCGGAAAGUGAAAACAGUCCGGAUCAAUGUGGCAUCAUGGAUUUCUCAGCCGAGGACAUCGCCGAGCAGCUCACUCUGAUGGACUCAGCUCUGUUUGUCAAAGUGAUGCCAUACCAGUGUCUGGGUUGCGUGUGGUCGCAAAGGGACAAGAAGGAGAACAUGUCUCCGACCAUCCGAGCCACGAUUGCACAGUUCAACGCCGUCACCAACCAGGUCAUCAUGUCCCUGCUCUGCGAGCCCACAGACGCCAGUUCCGCUUCCUCUCGGCUGCCUCCCACUUCGGCGGGGCAAAGGGCUCGCAUCAUAGAGAAGUGGAUCAAAGUAGCACAGGAUUGUCGUCUGUUGAAGAACUUCUCCUCCGUCAAAGCGAUCCUGUCGGCCCUUCACUCUAACGCAGUGUACAGGCUGAGGAAGACCUGGGCAGUCGUCAACAAGGACAGCAUGGCCGCGUUUGAUAACCUCUGGGAGACCUUCCCAGAUGAGAACUGUGUCCUAACCAACAAAGAGCUCCUGGUUGAGGAUGGAGGUCAAGUGACCGUGGAUAACAUUUCUCCAAAGAUAUCCAAGCGGUGUCCACUGUCCAGACAGAUGAGUACGUCCAAUGGAGUGGUUCCUUACCUGGGCACCUACCUGAGCGUCCUGACCAUGCUGGACACUGCUCUGCCAGACACUGUGGAGGGUGGACUCAUAAACUUUGAGAAGAGGCGGAGGGAAUUUGAUGUUCUGUCCCAGAUCCGUGUGCUGCAGACGUCCUGCUCGCAGUACAGCCUCCCCCAUCACCCCAGAAUCGCCGCCUGGCUGCAGGGACACAAGCUGCUCACUGAUCAGGAGAGCUAUGAGCUGUCGAGAAAACUAGAGCCUCCAGUGGACUUGUGUUCGCCAACCCCCUGGAGCCACCGCACUCUCUCAAAAAAACUGUCCUCUAUCCUGACAAUGACCGAUGGAUCCAAGAAAGUCCCCGCCGACCAGAUCAGCGUUUCAUCUUCUGGUUCCAGUGGAUCUGAGAUGGAGGACCUCUCCUCUCCAAACACCACCUGUUCCUUCAGGCUGCAGUCCUUUCACAGCUCUUGCAACAAUGUGUCCGAGCCCUUCUCUUCCUCCACAUCCUCCUUUUCCUCGUCCACCCCUGGCUCGACAGCCGCCUCCUGUCCGGAGUCCCCCACGCCCUCCAGCUCGUCCUCCGACUGCUCGACGGACCUCGGCUCGGCCGCGUCGACCUGCGACGGCGCGCGGCCAAAGGUUCUGUCGUCCUCCCACCACAAACGCUCCGUGUCCAUGACCUCCCUGCCGCAGUAUAACCGCCAGGUGGCCGACUCCUGCAUCGUCAGGGUGAGCGUGGACCUCGGCCAGAACAAUGGGAACAUGUACAAAAGCAUCCUGUUGACCAACCAGGACAAAACGGCCCAGGUGAUCCAGAGGGGGCUGGAGAAGCAUAACCUGGAACACAUGAAAUGGCAGGACUUCACCCUGUUGCAGGUCAUCUCCCAGAAAAGAGAGUUGCUCAUUCCAGACAAAGCUAACGUCUUCUACGCCAUGUCCACGACGGCAAACUUCGACUUUGUUCUGCGCCAGUACCCCAAAGGCAAGAAGAAGCCCCUGAGACCAACUGCCAGUCUGGGACGACUGGUGAAGUAGUUCUUCUAAUCUUCUAAUCUACAUGGGAAGGUGGACUUUUUUUUCUUUGGACAUUGAACUGAAAAAAAAAAAAGCACUUUAUGAAGAAGAAUCUUAAAAGCCCCUGGAUCAGAGUCGUAGCAUUGAACCAAAAAAAGAACGUUGCAAUAAAUCAUUGGACACAUCCGUGACCUAUUUGUGCGCGAAACUUGGGCAGCGGCCGGGGGCCAGUUCCCUGCCAGGCGCCGUUAACAGCCUCCGUGUUUAAAAAGGGAAUCGGGGUCAAGCUGCCCGAGUGAAGGCCGCGCAGCCGGCGACUGUCAGCCGUUCACGGCGAGAUCACAUGCCGUGAUUAUUUGUUGCUGUGCCAGUGCCACCUGAGAGGUGGGUGGGGACGUUCUCGGCAGGGAUCACUGCGUACCCUGGGAGCCUCGGAACGGCUCAUCCGGCAUUGCUGCGAUUCCUGGCCUCGUGCGGCUCGCAGCCCCGACUGGACCGGCGGCAUUCCUGAGCCCGAGGCGGCCGGCAGCGGAGGCGCUUGACGUACUGGAGGGAAUGUAGACUGCACAUGCGGACAGAAGCUGUAUUUAAGAGAAAGAAAGGCAGAGAUGUUGAACUGUUUGUGCUUUCAGUGUUAGAACGAAGGCUACAAGUUGGCUUCACCCUUAGAGCUUGUCGUGUUUUGUAUUUAUUACCCACUGCGAUUCACUUUAACCGAUCGACUGGUAGGAAAACAUAUGAAACAAUGUAUUUUAAAUCAACCGUGUGAUUGUAAAUAUUUUUAGACGAUAAUAUUUAAAAUGUUAACACUGAAGCUUUUUUUUUUUUUUUACCUUUUAAUUGUAUUACAUUUAGAUUUCAGACUUGUGAAGCCUGGAUGUGAUUAAAUGGCUUGAUUUUAAAGCCAGACUGGGGACGUGGUUCGCGCAGAUUUAAAUCAUUUCAAUGACGUACACCGACGUCACCGUUGUGAUGAUCUUGUUUUCGACCUGGUAAAGGAUCCGGGGACAAUGUGCAAAUAUGAAGAGUUAUACAAUGAUUCGUCACACUUACAAAAAAAAAAAAAAAAAAAAUCACUUGUUGUAUAACUGGGAAGCCCCCUCCACUCCGCUUUUGGAGAAGCUCUUCUACCGUCACUUUAACCCACAUCGUCCUGACUCUUGGACAUGUAUGGUAUUAAAAAUAUUUUUUUUCUCUCACUCAUUAUUGAAAAUAAUGCCAACAUUUGUAAAGCAAAAAGAAUAAACUCUUCUUUAUAUAGGGCCUUACAUGUAUUACCACACUGUUCUGUGUCAGCAACUUCCUAAUAAACACUGUUUAUUCUG